AUGCUCUCUGCGCCCGAUCCAUAUCCUACGGUUUCGAACCACAACCCGGCGCCAGAUGACGCACAGAUUGAGAGCAAGACGCCCGAGAUCUGUGUGGACUAUCUGAGCCAUGAGUGGAAAGACGAGGACGUGUGGAACAGCUGGAAGGCGAUGACCAAGCGCAAGAAUGAGAUUUCCAACGGUCUUCGUCUUGAGAAUGCCAGCUGGCGUACCUGGGCGAAGCAGCGUGGAAAGUUGAAGACCAUCAGCCCCGAGACAUUGAAUUGGCUCAAAGAGAGCGAUGUUACUUGGCUCUACGGCCCGCUCCACGGCGAAGCCAAGCCCGUCCCGCCUCCCAAGGUGGCCACGACGGCCGAGCGUCUCGGUAUCGAGGACACGACCGGCGGCAAAAAGUCGAUCCUCAAGCACCGGACGCUAUCAGAGUUGCUGCAGCAGCCCAAGAACGUUUCACCUCCGAGUGAAGACGAAACCGGCGAGGAUGCUUGGCCGAAAAAGUCGGAGCUGCAUGCAGUACGCUCUGAGUUGCAGCUCGUUCGUCAGGACCCGAAUCGACGCCGCGUCGGAUCGCCCGAACUGAGCCGCACGCCGACUGUGGUCAAUACGGAGGCGACAUCUGGGGAGCCCAAGGCGAAGCGGCAUAUCAGUUUCAAUCACCGUGUGGAACAGUGUGUGGCGCUCGAGCAUCCCGCCUCGCCGUACUCUUAUAUGGACGAUGACGAUGACGAGGAGUACGACUAUGACGAUGAGAGCGAUGAGAGCGAUGAGAGCGACGAGUCUUUAGACCAUGUCGUGCCGGCGCAUGGACGCAAGGGAAGCGACUCGUCGUCGAGCGAACCCCGUGCAUCCAUCGCGCGUCUCGAGCCCACACAACUCAAAACGCCACACGAAUAUAUGCUCGCUUCGUCGCCUGUGGCGGCCACCAGUGGCUUUAUGGACAGUGACGACGAGCCCUACGAUGACGAGGACGCUCGUUACUCGGUCUCGGAUCCCGUGCCCGUCACGCAGGAUCUGCCGUUAGACCAUGAUGGCUACGAUUACUACGCUUCGGAUGAGGAGUUCGAACACUCCUCGACACCAUUUAUCCAGCCGACGCGCGGUCGCCUCCCGCAGCGCGGGACGCGGCCGGGCGACGCCGAACACAUGAUACCCCCUCGCUCUACCGAUGCUUCGAUGUCGUCGUCGCCCAGCGGACCGCUCGUGGUGGAUGUUGAAAACCUCCCCGGGCUCACGUUGGACGAAAAGGCAACGCCAAGCACAAACAGCGCACAGUCGCGGACAGAAUCUUCGCUGCUGGGUCCUACGCCACAGAACACCCCCAAUGGUCAAAUUCCUGGCUACGCACGUUCACGACGCACCGGUCCACCGGACGCAUCACCUCGUGCCUCGGGCGCUUUGGUGGCACCCUCGCAGAACUCGCCGCAGGUCCCCCUUGCGGAAGACUAUGUGGAAGAGCACGAAGGUGGCCUAAUUGCUGGCGCCGUGGAAAUCUUGAAUACAGCACGCGAUCUUCUCGGCACGCUUAUUGGCUCGUCUGACCAACAAGGACGCUCGUGGUACGAAUAG